UGAUAAUUUAAGUCAUAAUAAAAUGAUCCAAAGGUUAAUGUCUUAUGGUAGAAUGUCUAAUGCAGGCUAAUAAGGUAUUAACAAUCUUAGUGAUUAUUUUAGUACUCUCAAAAUCACUGAAUAAAACAUCUAGAAGCUAUUUUAGUUCAGCACCUUAACAAGGAUCUUCAAACACUGAGCUUGUGAAAAUAUUUGUUGCAUUUUUUGGAAUAGUUGGUUUAGGUACUGGUGGAUAUGUAGCUUAUUAAAAUUCUUAACAAAAAUAAAAGUCUGAGGCUAAAGCAAAACCAACUCAUAUUUCAAAUUAAACUAUUGACAAUUUAAGAUAGAAAUCAAUUGAAAAUGAAGAGUAAAAAAAGGAAGAAAUCAUAACCAUGUUUUCAGAUGUUAAUGAUAGAAUGUUAAGAUAUAGAGGAGAUCCAACAAGUGAAAAGAUGCUUGUAUUUAAUUACAACUAUUCUAUUUAUAGGCAGAUUAUACUAUUUAUGGAGACUUAAAAUGGUUUGAAGUUGACCCUGAAGAAUGGGAAAAACCAGAAGAAGAAAUGAUUAUGAAGGAUGAAAAUGAUAUUGUUAAACAUCCAAUUAAAAAAGCAUUGAUAAAUGAAAGAAUAACUCAUGCUUUUGAAGCUGAAAAGUAUCCUAAUUUUUAUUAUUCAAGAAUAUUGUAAAGUGUUUUUGUAAAUGUUAAUGAUGUAAUAUCAGAAAUUGAAAAGACUGGAACAUACACUCCACCAGGCAUCUUCUUUAGAUUUUAUGGUUAUGUGUAUUUCCAAAUUAGAAGAAAACCAAUUAAUGUUGAAAAUUUGGUCAAAGCCUAAAAAUACAUUUCGGUAUACAUUUUAUCAUUAUAUUAGCUAUUUGAUUUAUUCUUCUAAUACUAAACACCUGUCUUAUAUUAUCAUAAUUAAUAUCUUGAAAUUCCUUUAAAACCUGCUAUUUUUGAUGUAAAUUAUUAUAAUUACGAUUUAAGAACAUUGAUUGGUUACCAAAUGCUUAUAUUAAUUCAAAACAAUAAGCUAAAAUCUACCUUAAUGGUAAACCUAAACACGUUUUUGCUAUGAGAAUCAAAUAAGGAACUGUUGAUGAAUCUACUUAAAGAUUUGCAUGGACAAACCAUUACAAAUGAAAAUUUAUAUACAAUAAAUUUAAG